AUGCAAUCCUCUCUAACUCUCUCGCUCUCUCAACCCGCAACAGCCUUAACCAUUCCCAAAUCGAACUACACUGUUAAUCACUCUCUCCCUUUCCAUCCUUCUAAGCCUAUAAAUCUCCGUUUUUGCGGUCUUAGAAGAGAAGCCUUUGGAGGUUUCUCUUCUCUCUCUCGUUCUCAAUCUCUCCAAAGUAAAUUCCGCUCUAAGAAAAUUAGUAAUGCAAUCUCAGCUUCUCUAUCUGAUAAUGGAAGCGCACCAAAGUCAUUUGAUUAUGAUUUGAUCAUUAUUGGUGCCGGGGUUGGUGGCCAUGGUGCCGCACUUCACGCUGUUGAGAAGGGUUUGAAAACUGCUAUCAUUGAAGGAGAUGUGGUAGGGGGGACAUGUGUGAACAGAGGUUGUGUUCCUUCAAAGGCGCUUUUAGCUGUAAGUGGACGGAUGCGUGAAUUACAGAGUGAGCAUCACAUGAAAGCUUUGGGUUUGCAGGUUGCAGCUGCUGGAUAUGAUAGACAAGGAGUGGCAGAUCAUGCCAAUAAUCUUGCUACGAAAAUUCGUAAUAAUUUAACAAACUCGAUGAAGGCCUUGGGUGUGGAUAUCUUGACUGGUUUUGGCACAAUUUUGGGCCCACACAAGGUGGGAUAUAGGAGAAGUCGUGAUUCUCCAUUCAACAUAGUUACUGCUAAAGAUAUAAUCAUUGCUACUGGUUCUGUCCCUUUUGUGCCCAAGGGCAUCGAAGUUGAUGGGAAGACUGUAAUCACAAGUGACCAUGCACUCAAACUGGAGUCUGUUCCAGAUUGGAUAGCAAUUGUAGGAAGUGGUUACAUUGGUCUAGAAUUCAGUGAUGUGUAUACUGCCCUUGGAAGUGAGGUCACCUUUAUAGAAGCCCUUGAUCAGCUCAUGCCUGGAUUUGACCCUGAAAUUGGAAAGUUGGCUCAAAGGGUCCUAAUUAAUCCACGGAAAAUAGAUUAUCAUACUGGAGUAUUUGCAACUAAGAUCACUCCAGCUAAGAAUGGGAAACCAGUCACCAUUGAGCUUAUUGAUGCCAAUACCAAGGAACCCAAAGAGACUCUGGAGGUAGAUGCAGCAUUAAUUGCAACUGGAAGGGCUCCUUUCACAGACUCUCUUGGCUUGGACAUUGGGGAUCUGAUUCCUCACUUGUAUUGCAUUGGUGAUGCUAAUGGUAAAAUGAUGCUUGCUCAUGCAGCAAGUGCACAAGGAAUUUCAGUGGUUGAACAAAUCACUGGAAGGGAUCACGUGCUAAAUCAUUUGAGCAUUCCGGCAGCUUGUUUCACUCAUCCUGAAAUCAGUAUGGUCGGAUUGACUGAGCCUCAAGCAAGGGAGAAAGCUGAAAAGGAGGGUUUUGAAGUAAGUGUCGCCAAGACAAGUUUCAAGGCCAACACCAAGGCCUUGGCAGAAAAUGAAGGAGAGGGGUUAGCUAAGUUGAUUUACAGACCUGACAAUGGAGAGAUACUUGGAGUGCAUAUUUUAGGGUUGCAUGCUGCAGAUCUCAUCCAUGAAGCAUCCAAUGCUAUAGCUUUGGGCACUAGUAUUCAGGACAUAAAAUUUGCAGUUCAUGCACACCCAACUCUAUCAGAAGUGCUUGACGAACUUUUCAAAUCAGCUAAGGUUAAAGCUCAUGCUCCAGGCUCAGUAAGUGAACCAGUGGCCGUCUAA